UCCGACAUGCGAUUAGUUUGCGACGCGCUUGUUAUUUUUCCCCUUUCGUGUUCGUUUGGCUGUAAAGCGCCAACACCAAAUCCUAAAUCCACUGCUUCGACAAAAUGUCUUUCCACGACGACGAAUCCUCGGAUAUUGGACUAAGUGGUCAAUCCAAGCUGGAGAGCUUCUUGUUCAGCUGCGAGCUGUCCUCCAAAGUACCUUUCUACACUUUCGAAGACGGAGACGAUGAGGAGGACCUGGAGCACAUCCUUGAACUCAGGACAGUUUGUCUUGGAGAAGGAGCCAAAGAGGAGAGCAACGUGGUGGAGGUGACGGCCAUGAACCACCAGGGAAAGACUGUUUCAGUGCCCAUAGCCAACCUUCACAUCAAGUGUCUUCCCAUGGUGAGUCUGGGAGAGUUUGAGCUGAAAGCCCCAGUGACCAUCCGGCUGAAGGCUGGAACAGGACCAGUAGUCGUCAGCGGGCUGCACCUUAUCGCCUCACAGGUUGAAGACGACGACCUGUCCGAGGAGGAGGAUGAAGACGAGGAGGACGAGGAAGAAGAAGAGGAGAUGCCCGCCGUUAAACCAGCAAAGAAAAAGCAGAAGCUGUAGACGUGGGCGUUGCUGACGGCUCCUUCGAUAUAUAUAUUUUUUUUGGUUUUUUUUUGUUUUUUUUUUGUACCACAUGGACAAACUUAACCAGGUUCUUCCACACAGCCGGGUGAAUGCUCAGUGUGGUGGCAGCUAAACAUGAGUCGUGACGAGCUUUCCACUCCGCAGCCUGUCACUGCGCCUCCCUCGGCCUCAGCCGCGCGUUUAACCGCGUGUAGAAGAACUGUUUUUGAUAUCGAAUCACACCCACCGUUUUAUACUGUAUGCGAUACAGUCACCGCUGAGAUGGAACACGUGUCCAUCGCCACGAGAAGUUCAUAUUCUGUUCUAAUACUGUGUGUUUGUGUGUGUGUGUGUGAGAGAGACAGGAAGGAAAUUGUGAUUCCAAGCGAAUGGUGCAAUCGGACAAUUUACAUCCAGUUUUGCAGAAUGCUCUCGGUUCAUAUGUCUGACUCCAUUUACAGUCGUUUGUAGCUGCAGGAAACACUUUUUCUAUGUGAUGACCACAAAUGUGAUUUGUACUCGACAGUGAACGCAUCAAGAAGACAUUUCAGUUGUCCCUCUUUUGAAUUCAUAUGAAUAAAACAGCAGUUUUCAGCUCAA